GCUUAUUUUCAUUUAUCUGUUCCAGAUUCUGAGCCUCCAUCAACACACCAAGCGUGAUAAAGCGAUAGCAGAACUAGAAAUUGGAUAGACAAAUCGGGCAGCAUCGCUUCCAGUUCCAGGCUCUCCCAAGUUCCACCAUCGCUUCGAUACAACGAAAUGGUUGUCUUGCAAUUGCAACUACAGGACUGCGCUCUCACGCUACGCCCAAUCGACGCUAAAAUUUCUCGCCAUCCCAUCCGUUCGACUCCAUCUUCGGCCGGUAGAGUUGCUUUCCCGAACUUUUAUCGGCUCGAAGUGAGCCAAUGCGUGACCAGAGCCAGCCGCGACCGGAAUUCGGAAGUCCAGAAUAUUCACUCGAGCGCAAUCGAGGUGGUGGUAGAUGACGAAGGCGAAGAUUACGAUGGAGUCGAUGGAGUUUUGAGCGAGAGUGGGUUUAGAGGAAGAGAAGGGGAAAAGGACUACGAUCGAGACCCAGAGUUCGCUGAAAUUAUCGGAACUUCCCUUGAUGAUCCUGACAAAGCUCGGUUCAAAAUGGAGGAGAGGUUGAGGAAGAAAAGGAACAAGAUACUGCAGCCAAAGACGGGAUCAGCUGUUCCAUUAAAAAUUACAUUCAACAAGUUCGAUUUCUCAAACUCGUAUAUAUGGUUUGAAUUCUACAACACUCCAUUGGCAAAAGAUAUCACCUUAAUUUGUGAUACCAUAAGAUCAUGGCACAUCAUUGGACGUCUUGGUGGAUGUAAUUCCAUGAAUAUGCAGCUCUCUCAAUCUCCUUUGGAUAAUCGACCAAGUUAUGAUGCUAUUGAGGGAGCCAAUGUUACUCCAACCACGUUUUAUAACAUCGGGGAUUUUGAGGUUCAGGACAACUUGGCUCGUAUAUGGGUUGAUAUCGGGACGAGCGAACCGUUGCUUCUAGAUAUUCUGAUAAAUGCACUAACCCAAAUAAGCUCCGACUAUGUCGGAAUGAAGCAAUUGGUUUUUGGUGGAUCCGAGUUUGAGAAUUGGAAAGAGGAUCUGACAUCAGAAGACGCAGGUUGCAGUACUCACAAAAUAUAGUCAACUUGCUUCCCAUCGGCCUCCAUUGUUUCAACUACAAUAUGGAAGAUUGAAACAGAUGUUGAAGGAACAAUGUGAUGAAUAAGCUGAUAUUAUAUGGGAAUUUUAUGCCUCUUAUCUGGGAACAUUGUUUGUUAGCCAUAGUCUCUAGGAGAAAAAAUAAUAUGUAGAGAUCAAAUUCUUUUUGAAUUUAUGUAAGAAUUGAUUUCCAAACAAGCCAGUUUCAAAAUUUUACUACAUAUAAUACACAUCAAAAUGAAUAUA